GGUUUGGAAUUACUCUGUGGCAUUUCACUUCAGGAACCAUACAUACGUGGCGGUUUGGAAGUGUAUGCUGUCGAUCAAAAUUAUAAUUAAAUUUGUCGGGUGAACUGUAUACAGUGAAUCUUCUCGAAUUAAUUUGAAUAGUUAAUUGUGAGUGACACUACAUUCCUUUGAGUAAGAGACAAAAAUACAGUAUUAAGUUUUGUGUCAAGUUAAGUAGGUAGUCGCAGUAGUCUGGAAAAUGGAUUUUCUCAUAGUGCUGUUGUUGAGUGUUGGUGUCGCGCUAUUUUCUGGAUUAAUUAUAUAUUUUAUAUUAGUCUCUACUAUGAAAGAAAAAACUUAUGAUGAAGUGAAAGCAGAACAGAAAAAGAAAGCUGAAGAAUAUUUUGCCCAAGGUCGGUCUGCUAAAGAGAAGGCUAAGGAUAAGAAGUUGAAGAAGGCUGGAAAGAAAGUGAAGGAAAAGACAACCACAGAAUCAGUAGAUAUGUCUUCUGAGGAAGUGGACAGUAGUAAAGCACAUGUAGCAUUUGUGGAACCACCAACUGUUGUUGAUGAAGAACCCCCUGUGAUUGAAGAGAAGAAGAGGAAGAAGAACAAGAAGAAAGAGAAACCUAUAUUGGUGAACAAAAAUGAGAUCACACCAGUUGUUGAGGUCCCGCCUCUUAUAAUCAAUCACUUUGAACAGAUUAUUCCUAAAGAUGAUUUCCUAUUGAAACGUAAUAGUAUUUGUCGUGAGGAAGUGGAAGUGAAGGUCGAACCUUCUGUGAUUUCGACUCAGAAGCAGCUCAACAACAAACAUACCAAGGCACAAGCAAUUCCACCCAAAGAACCUAAGGUGGACAAGUCUCAACCUCAGAAACUUAAUCAACAACCACCUAAACCUGAGAAGGAAAAGGUCACAGCUCCUUCCAAACCGACAGAAAAGCCCACUAAUCCCAAACAAGUGGAGAAGACAGCAGUUCCUCCAAAGCCAGUAGAGAAGCCAACAAAGCCGGCCUCAAAACCUUCAGAGAAACCCACUAAUCUUCCUUCUAAACAAUCCGAGAAGCCUCAGAAUCCUUCAAAAUCUACUGAGAAACCUGCUGUUGCACUGAAACAACAAGAAAAACCUAAUCCAAAACCGCAGGACAAACCACAAGCCCAGCCGAAGCCUGUGGAGGAAGUUGUAGUGGUGAAGAGUUCUGCCAAGCAGGCCCAGAGUGCACCAGUUGUCAACGUUGAGCACUCCCCAUCUACCACUAAGAGUAGCCGCAAGAAGCGCAGUGAAUUGGCCACCUUACAGCAAAUGAGUGGUGACAGGGAGGCUAUCAAUGUUAACUUGCUGAUGCCACUGGUUCACAAGGCAGAACUGUCUCGCACUGAAAUACAGGUUCUCAUCGACUUACUCCUCAACAAACAGCAAGGAUCAUCAGUUGACAGUGCAGAAUGGAUUGAGGGUCGUCAAGAUCCAGUAGUGAAGCUUAAGAAGCAGUUGGCAGAGAAAGAGAAGGCAUUGGCUGCAGAGCAGGAAGCAGCAACAGCACUGCAAAGUAAGCUACGAGAGCUGCGGAGUGAACUGAAUGCAGAGAAACACUCGACCCGGCAGCUGGAGGAGAGUCUACAGGCACGACAAUCAGAGCUGGGCAACCUGGCCGGACGGCUGCAGCACUCGUCUGAAGAGAAACAGAGUCUCUUACAGCAAAUACAACAGUUACAAGGGGAGCUGAGUGAUGAGCAUAUGAUGCUGUGUAAACUGCAGGAAGACCAGGGACAAACCCAGAGUGUAAUGCAGCAGGAGUUGUUGGCUCAAAGACAGCAGUUGGAGUUGCACAUUGCCCGUCUUACAGAGCAGCAUCAAGAGAAUCUGGCGGCAAUGGAGGCUCAACUGGGGCAAAUGGCAUCUCAGCUCCAGGAGCGAGAGGCUGUUAACAACACUCUAACUGGGGAGUUAGCAAUGAUUCGAGACAGGGGCGCCCAGUCUCAAGACCUGGCUCGGCAAGUUAAGGAACUUCACUCGGAGAUUGAACGGGUGAUGUCUAAAUCCCAGUAUGAGACGGGUCGCCUGCAGAGUGAAGUGAACUCGCUCACUGAACAGCUCAGCCUCAAGCGAGCAGAGAGCGACAAGCUUAGUUCUUUAGUGCAGAGUUUGCAAGCUGAAAACAACAGGCUUACCCAAAAGGUGUCAACAGCCUGUGUGGAGGCCAAGCAGUUGAGGGAUGAGAAUGAGACUUUGGCAGCACAGGUCACUGCCUCCAUGGAGCGACCAGCAACUGAGGGUCGUGAGAAUGGUGACCUCAGCUACCCGGAAAAUAAACACAUAGAUAGCAACUCUGACAAAAUGCAUGAAAAGGAACUACUUGUUGAGAAGUUGAAAGGUGACAUUGUUUCAAAGGAGAGGGAAAUAAACCAUUUUAAGACUGACUUGGCACAACAGGAGCUUCUGACAAAGUCAUUGCAAGGUGAACUGGAUGUUGCUCAUUCCAAUGCCGAGAAAAUGCUCAAUGAGAUCAGCUCCUAUAAAUGUCUUCUCCAGGAACAGGAGUCCGUCAUCAAUGCCCUUCGUGACGACGGUGACUCGGCCCACAAAUUGGUGAACACGCUGCGUGAAGACAUCACAAAGAACAAGGCAGAGAUCGUGCGGCUCAGCAAGGACUGUGCGACAGUGGAAAGUAGGGAGAGUGCGAUAGAGAAGUUGACAAGUGAACUAAAUACCCACAAGACCAAGUUGGCCGACCAGGCGGCACUGAUCCAGACACUGCAGCAGGAGGUGGAGAGGUACAAGGCAAGUGUUACAAGCCUUGAAGAAGUGUAUAACAAGAGCAAGACUCUCUGUGACACCUACAAGACUGACCUAGCCAAGAAAGAGGCACUGAUUGAGUCGCUGACGAUGCAAGCCGACAAGUAUCGAACAGAGGUCAAUCGGCUGACCGAGGAGCUUACAAAUUCCAAGGAGACUGUCUGUAAACUGACACAGGAAAUUAAGGACUACGUAGAUAGACAAGCAACAUUCUCGAGAGAUCUGGAGACACAGAAACGCAAAAAUGAUGAAUUGCGUUCAAAGAACUGGAAAGCCAUGGAAGCCCUCUCACGCACCGAAAAGACUUUGGAAACAAAAGUGAAAGAGUCACAAAGAUUAGUCAGUGAAGCUGAGGAGAGCACCAAACAUGAGGAACGAGAGAGGACCAAGCAAUUUCUGCAGAGAUUAUUUCCACAUGUUACAGUUGACAUCAAACAGGACUAUGAUGUCUGGCUGGAGCAGUUUGUGAUGGAGGCAUGUCAGAAUGCAUCAGCAUCUGCCGAUCAGUCAGGUGACAACGUGCUGGGCGAGUUGGAGCAACAGAACUGCCAGCUGCAGGCAAUGGUGACACAUUACAAGACCAUCAUCGCUGAUACAGAAGAGAUGCUCAACCGGCUUCAGAGCCAUGUAGAGCAGGAAGAAGGCCGGUGGGGACAGCAGAUACAGACACUGGAGUCACAGCUGGAGGCUGUGCGACUGGAGAGAGACAGGCUAGAGGAAAAUUCGGAACUAGCCACACAGUUAGAGUCUGCUCUGACCAGAAAUAAAGAGCUGAGCCAUGAAAUGACUCGGUUACAAGCUCUGAUCCGGAUUGGUGAGAAAUCUGUUAGUGACCAGGUCGACCAAACCCUACAGCUGAAGGAGGAGCUAGAGACGCUCAAGGCUGGGACAAAGAAUGGCCUCUCUACUGUUGAUACUGGUAGUCAGACUCUGCGUAAACGCCGCAGUCUCGCAGGUUGGUUCCGACACAAACUGAGGUCAAGAUCAAGAUCACGGUCAAGGUCACGUCGAUUGCAACGGUCACACAGUCACCACAGCCGAGAGUCCGCUUAACCUAAACUAACUUCUCUUGUUAUUUUCAGGUUAUGUUUAUGGGUAAACUUUGUGUAUGUACAGUCGUAUAACAUUCAUGUCUAGGUGCUGAAUCAUAGAACGCUAAGUGAUCAUUAUUGUUAUAUAUUUUGUAUAUUAUUUAUGUGUAAGCAAAAGAAUUAGGAAUGUUUCAUAUUUAUUGUGCUACAUCUAAUGAAAUUCUCCAUAACUGAUUAAAGCAAUAUUAUAGUAUAUAUUAUUUUAUUAAAUAUUCCAUUCCUCUCUUUCUAUUUCCAAACGUAAAAAUUUACAAAUAAUUUAAAGUUUUAUAAAUUUAUACAUUUUUAAGUGCAAUAAAUGUUAGUUACAUAAAUAAUUUGUAUGAAAUGGUUUAACUGCUUCAUAAUAUUUUAAUUUCUUAAACUUGGUAGUAUUAACCUAUAAUUCUUUUCAGAAUUUGCCUUUCAAAAUCUCAUCAAUCGCUAAAUUUGAGGGUUGCAUGUUUUUUUUUAUCAGUCUGUAUUUUCUUUAAAAGACAGAAUCGUGAAGAAAAUAUUAGUAUUAAAAUUAUAUUUAAUGCAAUAAAAGACUUAACUGAUAAAAUCGGUUAUAACUUGAAAAGACUGUGUGGAAAUAUUUUUCUAUUUCACUAUUUAUAAUCAAAAUGCUCAGUAAAUCUUGAGCCCCAUUAAAAUGCUAGUUAAUUUUGAAAACCUGUAAAGAUUAAAACUUAACUUUUAAUAUAUAUAAUAUACAAAUGGUUUCUUCAUUAAUCUUGGCAUUUUUUUAAUAACAAAAUUGUAUCAAUAUUGCCUAUCUUCAUUUUUUUUAACUAUGUUGUGUAUGGGAAGUUCCUUAAAUUUGUAGUUUUUCUUCACAUUCUAUAAAUCAUGGAGAUUUUAUAACAGUGUAUUCCAAACAGCACCUUUUUAAUUAUUACUUUUAACUGUUUAAAAUUAUAAAAUAAUACAGUAAAAGUAUUUUGAGAAUUGUUAAAGGAUUGAAAAUCUAUUGCUUCAGAUUCUGUUAAUAAUAACAAUUCUUUAGGUUUGAUUCGGCUCCUUAAUGUUUUAUAUCUACAGAUUUAUUAAUAAUCAACCAGAGACUGUAUCAUGACAUUUUAAAACACUCUUAUUCUCUAUUUAUUUCAUAUAAUUUAAUCUUUAAUUUAAAUUCCUGGUUUAAAUUUUGUUUCUAAAAAUUAUAAUUUUUCCUUCUUUUUAGUAAAUGUUAAGAUAAAAAAUGUUUUCGUGGAAUUUUAACUAAUGUAUGACAUUUUGUGUCAGAUUCCUUAAGUGACUGCAAUAACACAUUAAUUCAGCUUAGUGUCUCUUGAAAAACAUAAAAUCUUGUCUUGCAAGGGUUUAAGGCUAUAUUUAUAAUGGUAAUUCUUUCAGUUGAACCAAUUUAUUAUAUGCAUUAUGAUCCUGCCAAAUACUGAUUUGCUCAAAAAAUAGAGCUAACAAUAAAUUGUAUUAUAACCUAAAUGUGGUAGGCAAAUAAAUUGUGUUACAAAUUUGUUAGUGUAUGAGAUGGUAAUUGAAAUAUUCUGAGUAAUGGUAGUUACAUUUGGAUUAAUUGUUUUCAGUUGGAGCUGUAUAACAUGGCUGAGUGGACCUUAGAUGAUCCUCAAUCAGACUUUUUUUUUCAAAAUAUCAUAAAUAAUACUGACUAUGUGGUGGUUAAACUGUUAUACUGAAGAACAAAUCUGUGAAAGUUGAAUGAGCCAAAACGUUUCUGUCCAAAUUUUAUUGAGUGAGAGUUGGUAAAUGUAUGUGUAUGCAUGUGCGCAUUAAUGUGAUUGAUUUAUUCAGGCUGCUGUAUUUUAUUUUACACAGUGGUGCAAAAAAAAUUUUUAGUGAAAGAAUUUUCGGAAUAUUUAUAUUGACUUUAAGUAAUUUUGUAGUUUUACUGUGAGGUGAAUAGAAACAAAUUUAUCUGACAACAAUGGGACACUAAUAGCUAAAGAAAACUCAGUAGUUAAUAUCAUUGGAAACUAGAAUAAGGCUGGAGUAGCUUGUACCAUUCAUCAUACAACUAGGGAAAGUUGAGCAUGCUUAUGGUUUAUUACAUGAUGCCUCACAGUAUUAUUGACAUUGACAUUAUUGUCAAUUUCACUACUGAUAUUACCUAACUGAUUGAUCGUCUAGAGUCCAAUUAAACACUUCAAAAUGGGGGUGAAAUUAUUCAUAGUUAAUUUGUAGCUUAUUUGCUUUAUUGGAUGCAUUCACUAUGAAUGUAUUUCCACUUUUCACCACAAAAACCACAAAAACAUUGAUUAAUCACUGUAUUCCAAUUUAAAAUGUAAUGAUAUUUUCUAAUUUUUUAUCACUGUUAUAUUAAUUAAAGCUAGAACUGUUGUAAUUUAUUAAUUAAAAUUAAAUCAGUUGAAUUUGUAUACAUUAUAUUUUUUUCAUGAUGCUAUUGCGCUAAUUACAAUAUUUUAUAUCUUUUUUAGUUAGACAGAUGCAUUUCAGAGCUAUGCUGUUGUAUGAAUGCUUUUUGAAGCCAUAAGUUUAGUUAUGCUGUUGUAUGAAUGCUUUUUGAAGCCAUAAGUUUAGUUAUUAAGAAAUAGUGCAGUUUUAUAUUUUACUCAUUGAAGUUUUGCUUUUAAAUUUAUUUAUUUAUGUUAAUGAUAAUACUGUAAUAGUUUUUACUUAGGCAACAUAAACUUUUUGUGAACAAAUUUUAUUAUAGAUUUACUAUUUCAGUUGAUUUAUUUUGUUUAUAAGGAAACACGUUUUAGUCUUGAAUAUGUAAAGUGAAAGCAAGGUAGCUUCGUUGUUACUCAUCUAUUGAGAAAUAUUAAUCAAGUUAAACUCGUGUAAUUUUAUAUUUAUUUAUUGUUUUACUAUUACACUAAUCUAUAUUGUUUUUUUUUAACUAUCAAAUUUUAAAAUUAUAUUUUUUGUGAUUGUCAAACUGUAACAUACUCAUCUUUAGAUAUAUAAUUGUAGUAAUAAAUAUUUUAUAGCAAUAUUAUUGUUUAAAAAAUCAGAAAGGGAUUAUUUAUGGUGCAGUCAAUAUUUUUUGUGUUAUUAUUAUUAUUACCAGUUUUAUUUAAAAUCUAUAUUUAUAAAUUCAUUGUUGUAAAUUAUUUUGGUUUUAGAUUUAUAUAUAUAUAAAUAUUUGUUUAAUAGAUAUGAAGAUUUGUGAUGUUUACAAUUUAUUUGCAUCUAAACUCUAGUUCAAAUUUGGUUGUGGAUUCUCUCAACAACAUUGUGGCUACUGAUCAACUAACAACAAUACCUAUUUUAUGAAUUUUGAACUUCUGUUCGUAUUUGAGUUGUAGUUUUGAACCUGGGGGUUUCCUCUGUAAUGUGAAUGGUUGUAAUGAAAAGCAACUUUUAUAACAGCUUUUUGUAUUUUUGCCCAUUAUCUUAUAACAUUUAUUCCAAUAGUAAGCUUUUAUAAUUCAGGAACUUAUAGAAAUAACCAUUAGUGAAUAUUAAAGAAAAAGGCAGUAAACGCAGUGAUGUAAUAUACACUGCCACAAGAUAUUACUGUGAUUUGAAAAAAUUUACAUUUCUGUUAACAGCAUCCGCUGACAUAUUCCUGUUUUUCGUAACCAAACAGUGGUUUUAUCAUUAAAUUGAAAUAUUUACAUGUAACAUCGGUUUUAAUUCAGUACAGUUACGUAUCAUAUUAAUAUGCAAUGUUAUUAUUUAGUCUGUAUGCACAUCGUAAUGUUCCUUUUAGUAAAAUUUAUACAAUACAAUGUUUUUAUCCAAUAAUAGAAUACAUUUGUAAUGAACUUCGUAAAUAAAAAGUAAUUAUUUAUAAAAA